AUGACCGUGGAGAAGAGAGACGGCGAGAAGAAGAGAAGAGAAAGAGAAAGAGAAGAGACGAGCGGCGAUGCUCGAAAGGAAGACGAAGAAAAAGCAAUGACGGAAGAAGAAAAAAACAAGAGGAGGGAGAAAAAAAAAAGGCAGAAUAAGCAAAAAACGCAGCGACGUGAGUGGCGAGACGAGUCGAUGAUGACGAGAAAAAAGACGGAGAAAGCAGCAGAGAGGAAGACCAAGACGCAGACGAAAGGGUUGACUAGUUAA